CCCUUGCAUGCACCAGCUCGUUUCUGUGUUUUUAAGUAACAACAAGGAACCAGUAUGUCAGUUUCAAGGGGUGCUUUCACAAAAGGUGUGGAGUAGUGCUCACCUAGUCUGCCCGACUUUUUGAGUGUCCCUGGAUAUUAUCAGACUCUUUCAGCAGAUGAGCGCUUCUGGACCAACAUAAAGAUCCCCUGCAUCGGGAAGGCUGAGCUGGCAGGACCUUACUGGGACAGCAUGGAUUCUAUACUGAGCUACAGAAGAGAUAGCAGCAGCGACAAACAUUUAUGUUGGAGGCUGACGCCAACAUAGUCAUUGAACAUCGGAAUACUAAGACUGGAGUCUCUCUAGAGACUGCUGUCCUUAAUCGACAGUGCGUUAUGGUGUGAGCAGGACUAAGCAGCGCUCCCACACAUCCCCUCCCACCUGGGCACCAAGCCAUGUCUCCUCUCUCUGCCCUGGGUGUUUUCUGUGGAUUUUUCCUUCCUAUGUGUCUCAGUGAAUACAACACUCACAGUUGUAUCCCACGGAAGAGUGUCAUCUACCAGGACAAUCUGAAACUGUUCCGAGAGGAAGGGAUUUGGAACUACUCUACUAUGUUGGUUCGAGAGGAUCUGGGCCUGCUGCUGCUCGGGGCUCGAGAGGCUGUCUAUGCCCUGGACAUCAAUGAUAUCUCCAUCAAGAAGUCUGGGGUGUAUUGGCGGGUCACUGAGGAGAAACAGAGGGAGUGCACAUACAAAGGGAAACAUGCCGAAAUCGAAUGCCGUAACUACAUCCGGAUCCUGCAUAAAGUGGAUGACGGCACAAUGUAUGUGUGCGGGACAAAUGCUUUCAGCCCCACCUGUGAUUACAUGACGUACUCUGAAGGACAGCUGAGACUAGAAGAAGCACAGGAGGAGGGAAAAGGGAAAUGCCCCUUUGAUCCCUUCCAGAAAUACUCCUCCAUCAUGGUCGGGAAUGACCUCUACUCUGCUACCUCCAUCAACUUCCUGGGCUCUGAGCCUGUGGUUCUCCGCAGCUCCUCCUCUGCACUUCGCACUGAGUUCAAGAGCUCCUGGCUCAACGAGCCCAACUUUGUAUACAUGGACCUUGUCCCCGAGAGCUAUAACAACCCGGAGGGGGAUGAUGAUAAGGUCUACCUGUUCUUCAGCGAGAACGCCAUGGAGUAUGACUUCUACAACAAGCUCACCGUGUCAAGAGUUGCUCGUGUCUGCAAGGGGGAUAUGGGUGGGCAGCGGACACUCCAGAGGAAGUGGACGUCAUUCCUGAAGGCUCGCCUGGACUGCUCUCUGCCAGAGCCCAGCCUGCCAUAUAUUGUACAGGAUGUCUUCCUGCUCAAAAACGAUGACUGGCGCAAAAGUGUUUUCUACGCAGUGUUCACUCCCCAGUCGAGCUCGUCCGACAUGUCUGCAGUGUGUGCGUACAGUGUGUCGGCCAUCGGAGACGUGUUUGAUAAGGGGAAGUUUAAGACGCCAGUGACUGUGGAGACUUCCCAUGUGAAGUGGGUCAUGUACAGUGGAGAGGUGCCCACCCCAAGACCUGGAGCCUGCAUUAACAACGCAGCACGGACCCUUGGGAUGGAGCGCUCCCUGGACCUGCCAGAUAAGACCCUGCAGUUCAUCAGGGACCGGCCCCUCAUGGACGAUGCCGUGCACCCGCUGACCGGCCGUCCGCUGCUGGUCAAAAGGGGAGACUUGUUCACACGCCUGGUGGUGGACAGCGUGCUAGCUCUGGAUGGGGAGAGAUACGCAGUCAUGUUCAUCGGCACAGAGAACGGCUAUGUGCAGAAGGCAGUGAACUAUGCUGGAGAGAUGUUCAUCAUUGAAGAGAUACAACUGUACCAGACCCCAGAGGCUAUCAGGACCCUGCGUCUCUCCAGCACGGGUCAGCUGUAUGCAGGCUCUGAGUAUGGAGCUGUGCAGAUGCCUCUGAGUGAAUGUGGCCGUUAUGAGUCUUGUCUGGACUGUGUCUUAGCCAGAGACCCUUACUGUGGCUGGGACCUCUCCACUGGCCUCUGCUCUGCUGUGGCCAGCUCACCCUUUGCCUCAGUCCCCACGAACAUGAUUCAAAGUCUAAAAGAUGGUGACAUCUCACAAUGUCCGAAAUCAGUAAAGAUGAAGCCAGAGAACUACACCUUAGUUCCUGGCAACAACAUCAAGCUGCCGUGCCAGCCUGACUCCAACCUGGCACAGGUACAGUGGCUCUUCUCAGGGCAACUGCUGCUGUCUGAUACCAAGUACUACAUCUACAAUGGGGGUAUCCUCAUCCUCAAUGCCUCUGCCGCCAACAUCGGCCAGUACACCUGUGAGUCUGUUGAGCAGGUGAACAGCCGACCGUACACCAGGACUAUGGCAGUCUAUCAACUGUUGCCCCACACUAACCUAGAGGAGGAGAGUGAGACGAUGACAGAGUCCCCCCAUAGCUCAUUACCAGAGCUCCUGGAGGUAACAGAGAGGCCAAAGGCUUUGGAUCCCCUUCCCCCCCCUGAGUCACAGUGUGAAGACGGCAGGGUGGUAGGCCUGCAGGUGGUGGUGGCGCUCCUCUCUCUGAUGCUGGUUGGUCUAGUAGCCUGGAGUCUGUAUAAAGGAUGCUUUAGAAACAGAUUCUCAGAGAACUCAAGCGCUGGGCAGGUGAAAAGGCCGUCGGAUGACUACAUGCAAAUUCAAAACAAUAUAACUUCAGAGUUCAAGCUGCUGGGACCUACACUCAGUCACAGUGCUAACAAAAAUCAAAAUGCUAUCAUAGCCUUCAAAGGGAAUGGGGAACACCACUUCUCUCCUGGAAGCAAUAUUUCCACUGUGGAUGGUUUGGGGUACAUUGAUGAUGAGUCAGAGAUCUGACCAUCAGUGUUCACCGCUCUCUCACCAGGCAGCUGAUUUAAGACACUAGUACAAUGACAAGCUCUGUACACUGAACUUGUUUUGGAAUUGUCCUUAACAUUUUCCCACCACUACAUCUCCCUAGAUUGAAUUUAUUUUGUUUAGUCAUUGCAUAAGGCGAAUACAUUGUACAUUAUUUUGUAUUGUCAUGUAUAUUGCAAAUAUUUAUUUGUAUUAAUGUAAUUACAUCAUAACCAGGAUGUGAUAUCUAAAGUAAAUAAGACCAUAAUAGUAAUGUGUUGUACAUAGUUAAGAUCUACAAAUAUUCUAAGCAUUUCAUUCUACGGACCAGUAAUGAUUACUCCAAACCUUUUAAGUAGAUCAAAACAGCCAUGGACCAAAUACAAAUAAUUGAAAACUCUCUUGACUUAGGUCUUGUUUAAAAUGUCUCUCAGAACCAACUGAAUUAUAGCAACAUGUUUUCUCUUUUUCACCAGCAGCACUUUGUCAUUACACUGUGUUGCUUCACAUUUCAUGUAAAAUAAGUAAUUUAGAGAUCAAUGUUUUGAGUUAAAGGCAGCUAUCAUUAUCGUAACUCAAUCAACAGUUCAUAUUGUCAAAACCACAGCUUUCAUUUUGGUCAUUGCAUCAUUACUUCACCAGUCAAGAAGUUGAAGUUGUUUUCAUUUCUCAUUAGAUUCUAACACAUUAUUUAGUUAAUCUGACCGGUGGGAAUUCUGCUGUCAUCUCCAUGUAACAAUAAUCUCAAGGGGUUUACCUGCCCAAGGGGUAUAUUUAAGUGUUGGAUACUCUAGCAACUGAUGUAAUGUCACUUAUUUCACUGGAACAUUUUUUUCUAUUAUACAAUGAUGGACAAAUAUGGUGGGCUGUGUUGGCCCAGCCAGCCAUUGUCAUGUAUGGGCAUGGACUUUUGUACUGUAUAUUAUUGGAAAGGAUACACUAAAACAUGAUAAUUGUCGAUGAAAAAGCUGAAUAACACCACAUUCAGGUCUGAAA